CCGGAAUGGCCGACCUGUACACCUCCUCGUCUCCUUCCGGGAGCGCAAGUACGCUACCUGCGCCGUAUAAGCUGAGAGUAUGCUCCAUUAGGAUCCUUUACUAAGUCAUCAUGAUGUCCUGCAUUUAUAAGAAUAAAUAUAAAAUCAUUGAAGAAGAUGCAAGGUUCAUGUGCUUACCUUUUCACCAAUAGCACCCUGGAUUAGGGUCAUGUCGGCAGAUAUGCUGGAGACUACUUGUCCAGUAGUCAUUUCUACAUCAAAGAAUGGCAUAUCCUGUCUGAGGACCGACUUGAGAUACAAUGAUCGAAUACGAGUAGCCUGCCUCUCCCCAGUCAUUGUCCAACAUGAUAUCUCUGGACUUGCAGACUAUAUAUAGCUUGCAUAGGGGGCAGUACCUUGCUGACUCGGGGAACAAUGGUGUCCGGGGUGGCGCCCCCAAAGGCAUCGACCAUCUGCCCGAAGAUGAUCGUCAUGACCACCAUCGACAUGCCGUUGCCCAGCGCCCCAACCAUGCCGGCCAGCAUCAGCAGAACGUCCGUUCUGUCGGCACACUUAAACAUGCUGUGGAACGGAACCUUAGCCAUUGUCACCAUCUUCUCGCCACUCUCCUCCACUUUCCCACCCUUCACUGCAUCGCCAGCGGAAGCUUUUACGACGCUUUCUUCUGCCAUGUCGUGCUUGGCUGCCUAGCACCGGCUGGGUUCUCCCUGCUGCAUAUGGCUCCGGCUGCUCUGCUCUAUGGAGAGUUCCUUUUGUAGUGCCGUUCUACAAGCAACUUGCUUUGCAGGAGCUGUUUGCCUGUUUUCUCGCUUUUUCUUUAUGUUAGCUGGAUUUGCAAGAACGAUAAUGGCACAGACAAGCGUCCAAACUGACUGACAGAGGUGCUGGGUUCACUGUGGAGUAUCCCGUUGUACCGUAGUUGCUUGCAAGCAUUUUUUUUAAAAUUAAUAAUGUCGUGAUCUGUUAUCCUU